GUUGCUCCCUACCGAAGUUGUAGAGCCUCGUGACGAGGCUGCUAUACGUUGGUUCCACACACAUUAGGACCGGUCAAGUUACAAGCCCUUCGUCAUCAAGGAGACAUCCAAGCAUUCGAACAUUACAGCAGACCAGGGGCAUGGUGCGCUUCACAGCGCCAUCAUCUCAACUGGGUCAUGCAGGGCUGUGUCGCGCCGGGAACAAGCUGUGGAAUGACACUCUAUUAGGCAUUGCAAUACGCUAUAUCGGAACUGCCCUUGCGAUAUCCAGAAGGUGGCGGUGGUAUAAAGGAAGACCGCGUUUCUCGACGAACAGCUCCAUAAUGCCCCUCCACAUCUCAUCUAAGAUGCCUACCAUAAAGACGGUUCGGUUCGCGGAUUCGCCCAACGACAUGUACUCGUAUGAUUCCGAUCAGGCGCCUUCACCGAUUGCGACUCGGUCGUCUCAGACACCGUUUGGAAAGUCGUCGACAAGCGAGGAACCGCCCAACAUGUAUUACUAUUCUCGAUCGCUGGAUGAUACCCCGUCUCCCGAGUAUCAUCAGUCUCUCUUGCCCGGAUCUUCGCCGACCUUCUCUUCAUUCGCAAGUCCCUUGUCUUCUUCCCCCGCCCUUCCUUCCCCGCUACCGUCGACAUCUUCGUUUCAUCCGCCUCCAACGCCCGAUGGUCUUCAGAACCCCAUCAGCCUCCCUCCAGUCGAGGAAGUCACGACACCAACCACAGUCGGACUGCAUGAAUACCUCUGCCCGCUGCACCUCAACAUCGACCUGUCGAAGGACAUCUCACCGUACAUCCCUGAGAUCCCUGACGAACCUGCUACCUCUCCUCCCCUUCCCGGAGACAUGGUCCUCGUUUCCAAGUACCUCCCGUGGCGAAUUCAUAUAGCCCCCAGUUCGGUCCAGGACGUGGUUGUGGCGCUGUACACUGCACUGCGCACGAGAGUUACCGAGGAAGAGCUAAAGACCACGGGAGGGACCGGCGUGACGAGGGCGUUUGCGAACCGAGUUGAAGGAAUGGGGGAGGAAGAAAGACAGAAAGGCGUGAGGAGAGUUGAUUUCUUGUUGGGUUAUACUAGGUUCAUCGGCGUCGAGGCUACAGAUGAACCGGGAGUGUGGAAGAUUUGUUUGGCGUCAUUGUCGUAGCGCUCUUUUGGGUCUCUUCUGGAGUCAUUUUAGAAGUUUUCACUAAGCAUUCGUUGUUUUUGUAUAUAUCUCAUUGUAUUACUAUUGCGCUACUACUUAUGAUGUAUUGUUCGCAUCCUGCAAAGGCCAAUGAAAAGUCGAGCAAGCUGAUUGGCUGCCUACUUGAUUCGAAAAUAGGCGCCAUAAUCAGGGUCGACAGUCAUCGUUAUCCUCGAGACUCAAACCUUCGUGAUUCCUCGCAUAUCUCUGUACGUCCUGCGAUGGAUUUGAAAG